UCGGGGUGAGUGCUUGCGGCGCCGAGGCCAGCGCAGCGCCCGCCGACCGACCGGUUUAGUCGUUCUUCAGUCUCCGCACAGUGAGCAUCGUUCGCACGAACCGCGCCUCCAGACCACGUCCGCCGCUCGUUGCCGUUCCGUUCCGUGCCGCUCCAGGGCUCGUCGGUCGUCGUUACUGAAGCUACAGCUACAGGCCAGCCGUCGUCAGCCGACUGGUGGCCAGCCAAAGCCAGUAACAUCCGCCGGAUUGCCGUCGCCUUUUUGUGGAUACGCAGACUUUCAUCGCAUCUCGCGUGUGCCCGGGAAUCCUCAGAUCCGAUCGCCCCGAUCACAGUGUUGCAUCCAUUUCUCCAGUGUAUCCCAGGAACCAUACUCAGAUAUCCUUUGAAUAAUUCCCCGAACAAGUGCCUUACAAAAUAUCCUUGCUCAAUGCCCGUGACUUCUUGAUCGGUCCUCCGCCUCCGGUCCUACGCCCCCAUCUAGCCCAACCGAGCUAGCUAACCCACUACCCGGAUAAAUCUCGAGUGUGCUUCGCCGAGUGUCCUGUCAGCCAAAUAUAUGGUAAUGGCAGAGAUUGGUGGCCAUUUGGCUCACCAGCUACCGUUGCACAAUCACAAUCACAACCACAAUCAAACUGGAUUACAGCCAUCGCUGGUGAUGAACCAUCACCUGGAUUUGGAUUGUCACGGACACGAUGUGAUAAAAAAACAACGACUCUCGCACUGCGUGGGCUGCGGUGGCCAGAUCCACGACCAGUACAUCCUGCGCGUGGCCCCCGAUCUCGAGUGGCAUGCCGCGUGCCUGAAGUGCCAGGAGUGCAGGCAGUUCCUGGACGAGAGCUGUACGUGUUUCGUCCGCGACGGGAAGACCUACUGCAAGCGUGAUUAUGUUAGAUUAUUUGGUACAAAAUGUGAUAAAUGCGGCAACUCCUUCAGCAAAAACGAUUUUGUGAUGCGGGCCAAAACGAAAAUCUUUCACAUCGAGUGCUUUCGCUGCUCGGCAUGUGCGCGUCAACUGCUGCCAGGUGAUGAAUUCGCGUUACGCGAUGCCGGGGCUUUGUACUGCAAGGAGGAUCAUGAUGUGCUGGAGAAAUCGUCGCAGAGCAGCCUAACCUCGUCUUCGGUGGAGAGCAACAACAACAUUAGCAGUAGUAACAACAACAACACCAACCUUAGCAAUAACAACCAUUCCAGCGAGCUGGGUUCAAUGUCAGAUUCUGGAAGCGAGUCGGGCUCACACAAAAGUAUUAGGGAGAAGCGGCCCUCGGGGCCCUCGGAUGGCAAGCCCACAAGAGUUCGGACCGUGCUCAACGAGAAACAGCUGCAUACGCUCAGAACCUGCUACAACGCUAAUCCGCGACCUGACGCCCUCAUGAAGGAGCAGCUGGUGGAGAUGACGGGCCUGUCACCCCGAGUCAUCCGCGUCUGGUUCCAGAACAAGCGCUGCAAGGACAAGAAGAAGACCAUCCAGAUGAAGCUGCAGAUGCAGCAGGAGAAGGAGGGUCGCAAGCUGGGCUACGGCGCCAUGCAGGGCAUCCCCAUGAUCGCCAGCUCCCCGGUCCGGCACGACUCGCCCCUGAACCUGCAGGGUCUGGACGUGCAGACAUAUCAACCGCCGUGGAAAGCCUUAAGCGACUUCGCCCUGCACGCCGAUCUUGACAGCAACGGGGCGAUCAACACGCACACGCCCGCAUUUCAGCAACUGGUCAAUCAGAUGCACGGAUACGACCUGAACGGAAUGCCCGUGCUCCCGCCACACCCGCAAUCGCACUCGGCCCAGGGCCCGCCCCACCAGCACCCCCCGCCUCCCGGCGGACCGCACAAUCACCAGAACUCGAACCAGCAGCCAGGAGGGCAGCCGGGGCAGGGUAGCAGCCUGGACUCUGGGAUCACGUCGCACUCGCACCUCAGCAACCACCCGGAUAGCACCGACUCGUACGUCACGUACCUGGAGAGCGAUGACAAAUCCAAACUGGCGCUGACCCCAUCAUCAUUGUCCUCAUCAGCCUCGGCGGCCACAUCGAUCUCCUCCCCGCCGUCGGGUGGUGGAGGCGGCGGAGCUGUGGGUGGUGCUGGUUUUGUGGGCUUGGGGGUGGGAGUGGGAGUCGGAGUAGGAAUGCUACCGACCAAUCAGUCGGCCACCGAGCAGCUUAUGCAAAUGCUCCAAAAAGUGACUGGCUCCACGUCCCCGGCCUCACAUGCAGUGAUUUAGAAUUGCAGAGAGUUCGGUCCAACUCCCCAGCUGCUAGUCCUUUUUUAAAUAUUUUAAAAUAUUUUGUACAUUAAAGUAACUUCUGCCACCUAUCCGAUGAGCUGUGUCUCACAAAGGAUUCUCACUACUAACCUUUUUUAAACACUUUUUUUAAGAUUAUUAAGUCGAGCUGGGAGUGUUGGACUGUCUCUGGGGUUUGUGCAAUUUUUUGCCCUGUUUUUGUAUUCUACUCUCACCCAACUUACUUGUAUUAUGUGUAUUUAAUUUAAUUCUGUUUGAUUCGGUGCCAAAAAUAGUCUGUAAGCCGUUGGCUUCGUGGAGGCAAUAUUGCUCUGGCUCUCCGGCUCAGUUGAACUUCAGUUUGUUAUGUAAAGUACACUUUUGUUGUUGCGUUUUUGAAACUCGAUUUAGAAUUCGAAACUCGAUUUAGAAACAAAUGCUCACUCACUUGAAAAGUUCUAACAAUAAUUUUUGCCACGAAACAAAAGUUAUGAUAACGUUACUUCGCAUCAAGUAGGGAACUUCACUAAAAGUAAAAUUGUAAAUAAAAAUCCACAACAUUCAA